CUCAAAUGAGUGGUACUCAGUGCGUGCCUCACUGGCUAGUAAGUUCCUCAAUUUCUCAGGUAGACAUCUAACAAACGUGGUCAAGAGGAACUGGUCACUGUAGUUGAUGCCUGGGACGAGGAUCAGGCUCUCGACGGUAGUCGUAAGCUCCCUAACUGACCUGAACUUGCGUUAGCAGGAGAUCAGGAGGCAGCGAGAACGCCAGAAGGAGGCAGAGAUUCAAGCUCUGAAGCGUGCCAUGCAAGGAGGGCUGGCUGAGGCUAUGAGGGAACAAGAACUUCUUCGCGAGGAGAUGCAGUAUCAGUACCGUGUUGGGAACUUCGAGGCUGCUACGGCUAUACAGAAGCGAUUGGAACCUGAUCAGAUGGGUAAGUUUUGAGGGGAGGACCCACGGUCGGUGAGCAAAACGAGCAGCCAAGGAAGGAGGCAAGGAGGGAUCAGCAGGGGGGAGGAAGGCCAGGGAGCAAGAAGGAAAGGGAAGGUGGGAAUGGAGCAAGGAAGAGAGAGGAAGGAAGAGAGAAACAGACGAGGGGGAAAACCGCUCAAUCGCUUUUUUAUAUUGCGCUAAUGCCACUCAUCUGUUCAAGUUUGGAUAUCUGAGACACCUUCUCUACAGAAGGGAGCAGCAGAAGCAGCAACAGCAGCAGCAGGUGCACUACCGUAGCGAUGGCUACCAUCAGCGUGCCCACAGCUAGCGGCAGUCAGUUGGCGAUAAACAGGGUUUUGUGGGAGAAAGUGAGUGCAAGACACUGCCAACGGUUCCGAGCAAGAAAUAGUGAUGUCCAGCUGGGAACAGCAGCGAGGAUGAAACUCCGCAGCCAGCGGGAAAGAACUGGUGACCUCGGGUCGUGACAUUCAGCCGACCGUGACAUAAGCCGGAUGCCUUUACCACUGCAGCUGCGACCCAGUGUCCAUACGGGCGGGUGGCGACAUUCAGCCCACGGCUGCACAGUUGCAGCAAGGACUUACGCUAUAGCUCGUUGUGGCGUCCAUGAGAUCCCCUCCGCAGGCUGGUCCACGUUGACACCAGCAUCCAGGUGAUCAUCCCCUGGCUGGUUACCACGCUCGUAUACUGUGCACAACUGAAAUAGUGAUGAUUUGCUUUGUGUGGUGAUGUUUUCACAUCACGUUUUCACAUCACAAUCGAGCUGCAUGCGCGGAGUUCUCGAUGCAAAGCAGGUAUAGUAUUGAAGCUUGCAAUCGAUAGUCAAGAAAAGAGGGCUUUCUCCAGCGCUCCCUUCUCCGCAUACCCUCUCUGCAAAUGAUUGACGUUUGUUAUUUCGUCCUCCUUCCAUUUGUCAGAGACGCUUGAAUGAUCCAAUGACAACGUAGUAAAGGAUGCCGUCGUCGGUGUUGAUUGUCUGUCGUGCGCUUUCCUGUGUUCUCAGGGCUUGCGCUGACACCUUUUAGCUGGACAUGAGACCGACCCUCGCCUCGCCGUCUGGCCAAUUGGAACUUUGAGGGGGGGAUGCAGGGCCCCCGUUCCACAGGACCCCCUAUAACCCAUUCAUAGUAUUUCAUACCCUUGCAGCCCCUGUCUGCUGCACAGAGAGAAAGUGUGUAUCAGUCUUUGUGUAACAGUCUUUUGCAACUCUUUUCAGACCAAAAUUGUCCCUCUUUUAUUUAACUGUGGUUUCUCUUUUUUUUUAACUGUGGUUUUCCCUUCUACUUGCUAGCUGGUGUUGGGCUCAUAUGUUUGAGAUGUGAAGGUGUGUGUGUCUGUCUUUUUUCAACACUUUUCAGAUUCAAAUUGUCCAGGGUAAUUGCUAGCGGUGUCUGCCCUUACCAGCACCCCUCCAGGGUAAUUGUGGCUUCGCUUCUUCUUGCAAGCUGCUUUUGGGCUUAUAUAUUUUAAUUGUAAAAAAGGUCCUUGCAGAACCUCUCACAGUCUUGUGUUGCACAGGAAUGGCCAUUGGCCAGCAAUAAUGGCAACACAAAUCGUGCCCCUUCUUAACAGUAAUAUGUGGGGGGACCAUUCAUGAACGGUGAGGCCUAUAACCCAUCCCACACUCCUACAGCCCCAUCAUGGCUGCGAGUGGGUUUAAUGUUUUAACGCU